CUUCUUGUUUGAGGUUAUUGUGACACAGCUACGUAAGAUUUUUCGCUUUUGAUUCUCGGGCAUUGAAACAACUGUCAGAAGCGCUGUGUGUCGUAACCAUGCAGUCUACGGAGGGUGAGACACACACACUACCUGGUGCCUCAUGACUUCGACAGGAUGAACUGUUUGCCUCUUGUUCCUUAUCUCAUAUUAUUGCUUGAUUCCGUGCUCGGUUCCCUUCUUGCUCCGGUCAAUCUUUCCAUCAACUCUGUCAACUUCCACCAUGUGCUGCGUUGGGAUCCUGGACCCGGCACGCCACCGGGAACGUUGUACUAUAUCAUCAAGAGGGUGAACAAAAGUAAACGAAUGCAGUGUACUAACGGAACAUCAGUGAAGAUAAGGCUUCCGCACAACGUUAAGUAUACCUUGACUGUCCAGGCGUCCUACAACCAAAGCGAGUCUCCACAGUCCAGCAAACUCUACUUUACCCCUUCAAGAGACACCCUUAUAGGUCCUCCAGAAGUCUCCCUGACUGGAGGUGGAACGUACAUCCUAAUCAACAUUUCACUCCCUGUGUCCCAAAAAAUCAUGAGUCAAGGAGAUUUGUAUCCUAAAUAUGAAGUCUUUUGGAAGAAACCUAAUACAGCUGAGGCGUCCAUUGUAACAGGAGACAGCCUUUUUAAUCUGACCAACCUACAGAUUAGUACAGAGUACUGUGUAAAGGUGCACCCAAAGAUUACUGGGAACGAACACACCAAUACCUCCGCUUGGAAAUGUGCCUUCACUAGCAUCGUGGAACCAAGAGAACCUGUUGUAGGUGCAGUUGCUGCUUCUCUGAUUUUGGCAUUCAGUGUCCUGAUGAGCUCCCUGUUUUGCCUCCACUACACUGGAUUCCUUUGUAAACUGAAUGCUCUGCCCAGAGUACUACAUGAUGCUGUGAACCCGGGCUGCACCCUGACACCAGAGGAAACAACCCCUGACAAUAUCUCCAUCAGCGCAGGGGGGGAGAAACCGAGAAAGCUCAACAAUCCCAGAACUCCACAACCUGCCACCAGGGACAGUAACUCGGAUGAGGAGGAGGAAGUGGAGGAAGAGGAAGAGGAACACGUCUACAUGGACAGAGAUGUAGAGCUUUCCUCAGAUGAAAGUCCCUGCAAAAGCUCCGUGGAUGUGUCAGGGAACAGCAAGGCGGCUGCACCAGGGGGCUCUGGGAGUUUGACAGGAGAGACAGAGGUGCUGGACACCACGUUGGACGUUGAGGUCUCACAUGGGUGCCUUGAUCCAAACGAGGACAAAGCUGAACGAGGGAAGGUUUCUGUCCUGCCUGAGGUUUCUCUCAUGCCUGAGGUACAUGUCACAGUUGAAGAAGAUGAGGUUAAGGAGAUAGUUUAUGAGAGCUCAGGCAACAUAAAUCUGUUCUCAGUCACCCUCGCUGCACUGGCUGUAUGUGAAGAAGGGGAGGAGGAGGAGGAGGAGGAGGAGGAGAAUACAGGAGAUUCUCCCGCCGACUUCUUCUCCGAUGGGGAGCCCCUACUGCCCGCAGGCUCAAAAAGGACUUUGACCCACAGAGACUCCCAAACUGAGUCAGAUGAUCAGACAACUGUGGCAUUAAUGCUGCACACUCAAGACUUCACUGCGACUGGGUCUGAAGGUAGACAUGCACACAGUCUUUCCUGUGAUGGUGAGCAUGAAGAGACACAGGAGGAGGAGGAGGAGGAGGAGGAGGAAUUCUCCGGAUAUAUGAGACACACAUGACAAGUUGCUAUGACGUGUCUUACAGUAUGUGUAUAAAUGGCAUUAAUGAAUUUUUUUCCCAGCAAGUAAGUUACAUUCUUUAAAAUAACUUAAAUAUUUAAAUGAAAGUUUGGUGCCCUGAUUUCUUAAUAUUAAGAUAAAGCAAGGACACAAGACAUGAAUACAUUUCUCCUGAAGCUACAACGUCAUGGUAGCCACCCGCAUUUCACAGUUUUUAAAGGGAUCGUGAACUCCUUGGAAUUACCAGUUUGUUACUUGUAAAUAGCGUUCUUAUAGACAUCCAAGUCCUCACUGAACGUUUUCUAAGAGCGCCGUUAUAAAGGUCUUCGUAACACGGAACCGCCUAAAGCCACACAAGUAAAGAUACCUCACCUUAGCCAAAGCCAAUUGGAUGAAAAGAAUGUUAUAUGAUUGUAUUUCCCAGCAGAGAUUUUGGUCUGUCGUAGUAGGAAA